AUGAGCGGGGACUCGCUGCACCGGAGAGGAUAUCGAUCGGCGAUGCACAAGGCGUCCCUCAACGAGGCGGCUGCCGCCGGCUGCCUCGCCCUUGCCGGCUGGCCGCAGGCCGCCGCUGCAGGCAUGCACCACUGUCCUUGGAAGGUCCUGGCGGACCCCAUGUGCGGCUCGGGCACGUUUCUGAUAGAGGCGGCGCUGAUGGCGACCCACUCUGCGCCCGGCUUGUACCGACGGCGCUGGCCGUUUGAGCGCUGGCCCGACUUUGAUGCUGCCGCCUGGAGGCGCGUUGUAGCGGAUGCCAAGGGCGCCUGCCGGCCCUGGAAGGGAACGCUGCUGGGCAAUGACAUCCACUCUGGCGCCCUGUCCCUUGCUGCAAAGGAUUUGGGGAAUGCGGGCUUGAGCAAACUGGUGCAGCUGACGCAUGGGCCUUGCUCUGAGUGGCAACCCACCCAGCGGCCGGCCAUGGUGAUCACUAAUCCACCCUGGGGCAACCGCCUUAUGAGCCCCAGUGGUGAGGGCGGUCCUGAUGGAAGGCAGUCAGAGGAGGCCAGCAUUGAUCCAGAUCUUGAGGCAGCCUGGAGAGACCUGGGAUUCUUCCUGAAGGGGCAGUGUCCUGAGGCUGAUGUGGCAGUGCUGUCGGGCAACAAACACAUCACAAGCAUGCUGCGCAUGAAAGCGGACAGGCGAUUUCCCAUGACCAUCGGCGGAGUGGACUGCCGGCUCAUCAAGUACAAGGUGCUUCCGCCAAAGCCAGAAGGGUUUGUUCCCGCAGCCAGGGAAAAGAUUAAGAGCAAAUCUAUAUGGUAG